GAUAUGUCUGAUCCUGACAACGGUGGGUUGCCCGCAUGUCUCUCCUCCGGAGAGCAUGGCAUCUCGUUGGUGGAGGUCUACCAGAGCUACUGCGCCACCGUGUCCUUGGCUGACUUCCUGGUGAUCGCCGCCGAGGCGGUGAUGAUGUCAACACGCGCGCGGCAUCUCGCCCAGGCGUCGUCAGCGCCCCAACUCGACUUCAAGUCCUCCUUCCGCUUCGGCCGCACCACGGCGCUGAGCUGCGCCUUUGCCGAAGGGCGCCUGCCGAACCCGGAGCGAGGCUGCCAGGCUGUGGAGGAGACCUUUGUUGACAACAUGGGCCUGGACUGGACGGAGGCUGCCGCCCUCAUGGCCGUCCACACACUGGGCCGUGCACAGGUGAGCAACUCAGGCUACCAUGGCUGGUGGAGCGAUCCAGAGAACUCGCGGCGCUUCAACAACGACUACUUCGUGUCCCUGCUGGCCAAGGGCUGGGUGCCGGAGCGGGCCAUUUCGGGCAAUGCCGCGAAGAAUCAGUGGGAGCGGAGCGACGUGGGCCGUGACACGUCAUUCGAUGGCCACGAGAUGAUGUUGAACACCGACAUGUGCUUGGUUUACAGCGAACCUGGCCCGACUGGUGGGCCCGUCCUGGCAGACGUGCACGAUUGUUGUGGCUGGCUCACCGCCCAAACAAUUGCUGGUGCUGUGGCGAGCAACGGUGGUGAGUAUUGCGGAGGCCAGCCACCGGAACCACGCCAAGAGCGGCAACGGUGCUGCGGACCUCAGCAAGGUGACUGUGGUAGGCGGGACGACCCACAAGGACCUGCCGCCCAGGCAGUGUUGAACUUCGCAGCCGACGAGACCGCGUGGUUGGUUGCUUUCGUCCGUGCGUGGACCAAGGCGGUGGAAAACGGUCAAGCGAACUUGAAGCGCCUCGGAGAUUGCUCCGCGACAUCGACUUCCAGCACUUCCUCCUCAGGCAGUCCAUCCAAUACUGCAACCACCUCCGCCGCAGCAGACGUAUCCGACACUGCGACCACCUCCACUGCACCAGAUGCAAUCACCACUCAGAGCACCACUGGCGAGACGCAUGUCCAAGAUAAGGUCAGCUCCUUCGGCGUUGCACGCUUCCACCACACGUGGCUUAACUCGAUCUACCUCAGCUGCCUUCUUAUGUUCUUGAGUUUGCUUUAG